UAUCGAAUGUGUUUACGUUUCUAAUCCUUUGCAACUGUGUUGUUAAUUUAAAUUGGGUGUGACAUGAACAAAAUAUUGUGAAAAUUUCACCACAAAAACGAUGAAGUUGGUAGCUAGAUUAAUUAUAAGCUAAUGGCUAAAUUAAUUUCAAGCUAUUGAUUAUUCCCCCAAUGUACACCUGUUUUCUCUAGAAGAAUCUCAAUUAAGGAACUUAUCCGUCCAAUUUACUUACAUUCGUACAUAUCAGAAACAUGGCGAUAUUAACUUCGUGCUGGUCUCCAUGCAUUUGGACCAACAACCUCAAGACCAGCUGUAAAGUGAUUGCAUUUUAUACGGUUGCUAUGAGUAUAGUUGUGAUGACUUUUAUUAUUUUUGAUAUGUCUGGAGGAGACUCCACACAAUUGUACAAUCCAUUGUUUGAAGCAGAUAUUCGUUAUUCAAUGCAAGUCGUUGGAGGAUGUUUGUUGCUCUUCUUUGUCUACCUCAUUGGAUCAGCUAUAUUACUGGUUGUUGGUUUAGGCAGGAUGAAUCGUGGUUUGAUGUUACCAUGGAUGGUGGCAUUUGGAAUUGUUGUAUUGUUUCAGUUAGUGUUUGGGUUAUGGCUGCUUGGAGGUUAUUACAUUUAUUUGGAAACGGUUCUCUACACAUUCGUAAUUUGGUCGUGGAUGACGUACAACGGAUAUUGUUGGUUGGUGGUUUAUUCCCAGUAUCAAGUAUUUGAAGAGAUGCAAUCUCCAAACAUUGAAUUAUUGUGGCCUUAAUUAUAUAUGUUUAUAUAUUAUUUUAAUUCUUGUAGCAUUUAGAUGCACUGUUAAUGACAAUAAAAUGUUUUUUUAUAUUUCUUUUA